GCGCGAGAUGUCAUAGAGUUGGUGCGUGUAGCUGCGAGAAGCACAAGGACGGAGAAAAGGUGCAGAGGAAAUGUUUCUCUUUAUUGCCCAGCUGUAGUUCAACUGAUAUCGACGACAUUUUGUUUUAAAAGGAGUGAAUUUCUGCGCGUUAUAGAAGGGUUUUGUGGGGAAAAUGGUGGAACUCAGGAGCUACUGCGAGCAGGGCGUGUCUCUGCAGCGAGUGUGGACCGAUGGUGGCUUCACGCCCUGCUUCUUCUUCACCCUCGUCCCCUCCGUCCUCGGGACGCUCGCCGUCCUCCUCGGCACCCUCCACUGCGUGUGCUACGCUCGCUACGGCACCAACAUGGAGCCCCGAUUCGUGCCGCGAUCCCGCCUUUACACGCUACAGCUGGCUCUCUCGGUUCUGCUCGGCCUCCAGGCGCUGGUCUGGAUGGUGUUCCGGGUGGUACGGGACACGCCGGUGCCCGGGUACGUGGUGGUCUGUGGCUGUCUCUAUGCCCUGGCGUGGGCGUGGGCGACGGCGCUGCUGAGAGUGGAGAGGAAGAGGGUUCUCCUGAGGGACAGGACGAGAGGACACAGUGCCGUGCUGCUGCUGUACUGGACGACGGCGUUUGUCGCUGAGAACCUGGCGUUCGUGUCGUGGGAGAGCCCGAGUUGGUGGUGGGGGUUCGAGAAGCCCGAGCAGCUGGUGGAAUUUGCGUUCUGGCUGUUUCGCUAUAUCUCCUCUGGGAUGCUGUUCUUCAUCGGCCUCAAAGCUCCAGGACUGCCGCGAAGACCCUACACACUCCUUAUUAACGAGGACGAGCGUGAUGUGGAAAGUGGCGGACAGCCUUUGCUAGGCGGCGCAGCACAGACUCAGUCGGCGUGGCGUGACUUUAGAAGGAAGGUGCGUCUCCUGCUGCCGUACAUGUGGCCGAGCGGCAGCGUCGCCCUCCAGUUCCUCGUCCUGCUGUGUCUCGGGCUGCUGGGAGCCGAACGUGUCAUCAACGUCUUCGUGCCCAUCUACUACAAAAACAUAGUGAACGAGCUGACAGGAGGAAGUCAGUGGAAUACGUUGGCCACCACAGUGUGCAUCUACGUCCUGCUGAAGUUCCUGCAGGGAGGUGGUGCUGGUUCUUCAGGCUUCGUCAGCAACGCGCGUACGUUCCUGUGGAUCCGCGUGCAGCAGUACACCGGCCGCGUGGUGCAGGUCCGCCUCUUCGCCCACUUACACUCGCUGUCUCUGCGCUGGCACCUGCAGCGGCGCACCGGAGAAGUCCUGCGCAGCAUCGACCGCGGAACCUCCUCCAUCGACAGCCUGCUCAGCUACAUCGUGUUCAGCAUCUUCCCCACAAUCGCCGACAUCAUCAUCGCCAUCAUCUACUUCAUCUCCAACUUCAACGCCUGGUUCGGCCUCAUCAUCUUCAUCUGUAUGGCGCUUUACCUCACUCUCACCAUCAUCAUAACUGAGUGGAGGACGAAGUACAGGCGAGAAAUGAACACUCUGGACAACAACGCCAAGGCCAAAGCCGUGGACUCGCUGCUGAACUUUGAGACGGUGAAAUACUACAACGCGGAGGAUUAUGAAGUAAGCCGCUUUGAGGAAGCCAUCCUCAAAUACCAGACGUUGGAGUGGCUGACCAACGCGUCUCUGGCGCUGCUGAAUCAGACCCAGAAUCUGAUCAUCGGCUUGGGUCUGCUGGCCGGCUCGCUGCUCUGCGCGCACUUCGUCACCGAGGGCAGGUUUCAGGUUGGAGAUUAUGUUCUGUUCGGCACAUACAUCAUCCAGCUCUACACACCUCUCAACUGGUUCGGCACGUACUACAGGGUCAUCCAGAGGUCAUUCAUUGACAUGGAGAGCAUGUUCAAGCUGUUUGAUGAAGAAGAGGAGGUGAAGGACGACGUGAACGCCGGAAUGCUGCACUACAAACAGGGAAAGAUCGAGUUCGAGAACAUUUCCUUUAGCUACGUAGAAGGGAAAGAGAUUCUGAAGGACGUCUCGUUUACGGUCCUGCCCGGCCAAACCGUAGCACUCGUGGGUCAGUCGGGUUCGGGGAAGAGCACCAUCAUCCGUCUGCUCUUCCGUUUCUACGACAUUCAGGGCGGCUGCAUCCGCAUCGACGGCCAGGACAUUACCAAGGUGAAGCAGGCCUCGUUGCGUUCCCACAUCGGUGUCGUUCCCCAAGACACCGUCCUCUUCAACGAUAACAUUCGGGAAAAUAUCCGUUACGGCCGAAUCUCCGCCUCCGACCAGGAAGUAGAGGACGCCGCCAUCGCUGCCGACAUCCAUGACAAAAUUCUCUCCUUCUCUGAUGGCUACGGCACUCAAGUAGGCGAGAGGGGUCUGAAGCUGAGCGGAGGAGAGAAGCAGAGGGUGGCCAUCGCUCGCACCAUCCUCAAAGCGCCCCAGAUCAUCCUGCUGGACGAGGCCACUUCUGCCCUGGACACGCAGACGGAGCGCAACAUCCAGGCCUCGCUGAUGAAAGUGUGCGCCAAUAGAACCACCAUUGUGGUGGCCCACAGGUUAUCGACCAUCAUUGGAGCCGAUCAGAUCCUCGUUCUGCAGGAUGGACAGAUCGCUGAGAGUGGGAGACACGAGGAGCUUUUGGCUAAAGGAGGGCUCUACGCUGACAUGUGGCUGAAACAGCAGCAGGCCUCCGACUCGGACUCGGCCUCCGACUCGGAAAUCAAAGACAGACGUCCUGAGAAACUCCAACCCCCAUCAUCCUCUGCAGGACACAGGCAUCACUGAGCCAAACACUACACGCAGAGAGGAUUCGGGGUAUUGUCGGCUUUGUCAGUUUACGUUUAAUAUUUUGAUCUGAAAUCAAUUUGAUGUAAAGAUUAGGAAACAGAUCUACGUCGUUUAAUGUCGUGUAGACGUGUUAUCAUGUUAUUCACGUCUGCACAAACUCCAAACCUCAAACAAACACGUUCUGUAGUAGAACAGAUAUUUUCUGUCACUGCACGAGGUAACGUACGCUUUCAGUCUCUCAACAAUUUCUGUUCUCGCGUCACUUUAUUUGCAACGCAGUCUUUACUGGGAUCCUUUAAAAAAAAGAGAGAACAAUACCACAUUCACGUCACGUAGGAAUUUAACAAAAAAAAAUUCAAGAAAACUUUUGAUUUGAAAGAGUUUAUGCGUAGCUGUUUCGUUUACUCGAUACAUGGUGGUGGUAGCAUUUGCAUAUAGCUGUGUUCAUGCUGAAGUAACAAACCAUCGUCAUCAUUUUUAACAGAACUGAAGCAGAUAGAAUCAUUAUAAGAUGAAAUAGAAAUUAAAAUUCGUAUUUUAAGACUUUUUUUCUUCGGAAACAGACUGUUUUUAUAGACAGUUGCGACACUUUUGUGUGAAAACAAUACUACAUUCAUGUCAUGUGGGAGAAUUUAGGAGGACAAGAAAACUCCCGUUUAUUAAGAUUCAAAAGCGUUUUUGCUUAGCUGUUUCGUUUACUCGAUACAUGGUGGUGGUAGCAUUUGCAUAUAGCUGUGUUCAUGUUCAAGUAACAAAAUAUCUUCAGCAGCUGUUAUAUAAACGAAAUAUAAAUUAAAUUUUCAAUUUUAAAAACUUUAUCGAGUUGGAACAAACUUGGCGUGUUUGGCCAGAGAAAUCUGGGUCGUCUGAAAGCUCCCGAAAUUCUGAAAAUGCGAAUUUUUCCCCCAAGACGUGAAUUUGGUGUUAAAUUCAAUUUAAUCAGCAAACUGUUCGCCUUUUUGUUUUUUUUUUCCAUCUCUACAUAUUGCGUGGCAUAAAAUACCACUUUUAAUUACGCAAUAUAAUAGUUCGGCUACGUAAAUACUAAAAAGCGCUAACAUUAUCCACCUAGCCAAGUUAGAUAAGCGCGUUUAUUGUGCGAUUAAAAAAAGUAAACGAGAUACUAGCAAGCUAGGUGAUUUUUUUUUUUAGCUAGCUAUUUUAUUGCGGAAUUAAAUUUAAACACUGACGUACGAAGAAUGUAUGUUUUUGUUUGUUUUGUUUUUUUUAAUGUAAUUUUUCUGUCUUUUUAUGUUUUAUUAUUUUCUCUCAUGUUGUGUUUUCAUUAGCUAGUUCAUUGGUACUAAAUGAUUUUUUUUUAUUUGUAUAUAUUAAGAAUAUAUUUAAAUAAAUAUUCUUUAUGUUAAUCACGUGCAACUGACUUGAUUGUAGAGAAGAAGUUAAAUAGGAACAAAAUAAAGUACGGGACAUAAAUUCAGGGUGUUGAAUGUAAAUGAAGUUCUUUUAGAUAAUGUAGUGUCAGUUUUUUUUCUUUUUAGCUGCUAAUUUUGCAGAAAUGUUAAGUUUUGAAAGGGAUAUUUAUGUAUUUAGACGGGGUUUUUGUUUUAUUUAUGGCCUGCUGGUUUAUUUUUAAGGGCAUUCUUCUUAUUCAAUCAGUGUGGUUUAUGUUUUGAAAAAUGAUGCUUUACUAAUAUUAAGAAAUAUUUUAUAUUAUUAUAUAAUAAAGAACUGUGUAUAAGUGUGUGUUAAGAGAGACACCACACACAUGCUCUUAGGACAAAUGGGUGUGUUUAAACGUAGAGAUUCCACAGCGUUCAGUUAUCAGCCUCUGUGCUCAAUAGAUAAAGCACACGUCUGUGAAAUGUGGCCUUCUGUAUGAAAAUCGCUCAACUACUGCAGUUUAAUUUGUGAAUUAAUUAUUUUUUUUGUGUGUGUGUGUGUGUGUGUGGAGUUCCUGCUGUGUGGCAUUUGUGUGUAUGGAGGACCAGAUCUGCAAAAAAUGAAAAAGUCAUUUAAAUAUUAAAAAGAGUAAAAUAAGAAUUAUGUUAAUAUGUGUAUUAAUAAAGAUAUAAAAAAAUUAAAA